CAGUAUAAAACCACAAAUCAAAGAAGCCAUGAAGAACCAAAUCCACAUCCUCUUGUUUCUUUCACUUUCAUUUCUCCUAGUUGUCCCCAUUUUCGCACAACAAUUUGCAUGUGACAAUAAAGACUCAACAACUAGCAAAUUUGCCUUUUGCAACAGAACCUUGUCUUAUGAGAACAGAGCCAAGGACCUCGUGUCACGCCUUACUCUCCAAGAAAAGGUGCAACAGCUAGUAGAUAAUAGCGCAGGCAUAGCUCGGCUAGGCGUGCCUGCCUAUAAGUGGUGGUCCGAGGCACUUCAUGGUGUGUCCGAUCUUGGCCCGGGCACAAAGUUUAAUGGCACUGUGCCUGGUGCCACUAGUUUCCCAGCAGUGAUUCUAUCUGCUGCAAGUUUUAAUUCAUCAUUGUGGUUAAAGAUGGGGCAGGUUGUGUCAACUGAGGCUAGAGCCAUGUACAAUGUUGGUCUAGCCGGGUUGACAUAUUGGAGCCCGAAUGUUAAUGUGUUCCGUGACCCUAGAUGGGGCCGUGGACAAGAAACACCCGGGGAGGACCCGCUGGUGGUGUCGAAUUAUGGAGUGAAUUAUGUCAGGGGUCUGCAAGAAGUGAGUGAAGGAAUAAAGGCCGGUGAUGAUAGGCUAAAGGUCUCAAGUUGUUGCAAGCAUUACACUGCUUAUGAUGUGGAUAACUGGAAAGGCGUCGAUCGAUUUCACUUUGAUGCACAGGUGACAAAGCAGGACCUGGAGGAUACAUAUCAGCCACCCUUCAAAAGUUGUGUAGAGGAGGGCCAUGUCAGCAGUGUGAUGUGUUCAUACAAUAGGGUCAAUGGGAUUCCCACCUGCGCUGACCCGAACCUCCUCCAAGGGGUAAUCAGAGGUCAAUGGGGUCUUGAUGGAUAUAUUGUUUCAGAUUGCGACUCGAUCGAGGUAUAUUAUGAUGCCAUCCAUUAUACUCCAACACCUGAGGAUGCUGUAGCCCUUGCCUUGAAAGCAGGUCUAAACCUGAAUUGUGGGAACUUUUUAGGACAGUACACAGAGAACGCGGUUAACUCGAAAAAAGUGGAUGUAUCUGUGGUAGAUCAAUCCUUGAUAUACAACUACAUAGUAUUGAUGAGGCUUGGAUUCUUUGAUGGUGACCCUAAAUUGCUCCAGUUUGGAAAACUUGGUCCGUCUGAUGUGUGCAGCAACGAUCACAAGAAUUUGGCACUUGAUGCUGCUAAGCAAGGCAUAGUUUUGCUAGACAACAAGGGAGCUCUUCCUUUGUCCUCCAAAAAAAUCAAGAACUUGGCUAUUGUUGGACCUAAUGCAAAUGCCACUGAUGUUAUGAUAAGCAACUAUCAUGGCAUACCAUGUAGCUAUACUAGCCCUUUACAAGGGCUACAGAAGUAUGUCUCUGCCUUGAAAUAUGAGCCCGGAUGUAACGGUGUGAAGUGUGCUAACGAGAGCCUUAUUGGGGCAGCGGCUCUGGCCACUGCCACAGCUGAUGCAGUAGUGGUGGUAGUAGGACUGGAUCAGUCCAUUGAAGCAGAGGGGCUAGACAGAGAGACCUUGACAUUACCAGGGUUUCAAGAAAAGCUUGUAAACCAAGUUGUUAACGCAACAGAAGGAACAGUCAUUUUGGUCAUUAUGUCAGCUGGCCCAAUUGAUGUUUCUUUUGCCAAAAAUGUGACAAAGAUAGGAGGGAUAAUUUGGGUAGGAUAUCCAGGUCAAGCUGGAGGAGAUGCCAUAGCUCAAGUCAUAUUUGGAGACUACAAUCCAGCUGGAAGAUCACCUUUUACAUGGUACCCUAAGGAGUACGCAGACCAAGUGCAAAUGACAGACAUGAACAUGAGAGCCAACACAAGCAGAAACUUCCCUGGAAGAACAUACAGAUUCUACAAUGGAAAAACCAUCUAUGAGUUUGGUCAUGGCCUAAGCUAUUCAACAUUCACCAAGUUCAUAAAAUCAGCACCUUCCACUGUGCGCAUCCACUCAACUCCCAUUUCCAGCCCACAUGCUAGCCUUCUUGUUUCCAACACCACCACUCAACUGAUUUCGAAUCCUGCUUCCAGAAGCCCUUUCAUUGACAUAUCAAGAGUGCAGUGCCAGAAACUAAAAUUUGACCUUGUUGUUGGUGUGAGGAACAACGGGCCAAGGGACGGAGGCCACGUGGUGCUAGUGUUCUGGAAACCACCAAGCUCGGGGACGUUGGUUGGAGCACCAAACCUGCAGCUGGUGGACUUUCAGAGGGUGGAGGUGAAGAAUUGGCAGACAAAGCUUGUAACCAUGAGGGUGGAUGUGUGCAAGAGACUGAGCUUUGUGGAUAGAGAAGGAAAGAGGACGUUGGCCACUGGGACCCACACAAUUCUGGUUGGUUCUCCUAGUGAGUACCAAGUGAAGCACAUUCUCAAUUUUAGGCUGGCCAGGAAAGGAGAAAAGAGGCAAAACCGAGCAAACAGAAUGGAAGGCUUAAUUCCAUUUCUUUUUCAUGCCCUGAAGAAGCAAAGGCCACAACACAGGUAUAGGUCCUUUUCUCAGAGCAACUCCUCCAACCGCAGCUACCAUCUCCUUAUGAGUGGCCAGGAUUCACUAGAGGGCUCCUCUCAUCGCCGGACACGAUCCGAAUUUCAGCCUCCUGUUAGCACUGCUGGCUUCUUUGAGCAGCGGCCCGCGAAUGAUUUUCUUCAUUCGCGGAGCCUCAAGGAAGAAGGUGGUGUUUCUGCUGCUCCUUCAGUGCUCAUUGGAUCAUCAAAGAUGGGUUCCUAUCCUUACCAGGUCUCUAAUGUGGGUAUGGCUAAAAGGAAAUGAAAGAUUCAAUCCGAAUAAUAUUUCAUUGAUUUUUUGUUUUUCCUUUUGGUAUUAGAACGAAGUGUUCAAUGCUUGUAGUUCAGUUCUUGUAAAAGUUUAAUGUUAAUUGAGCAGUGGAAAUGUAUUUUAAUUGUUAAUAAUGUUGGUGAGGUUGAAAGUUUGAAAGCAGACGUUGGUCAACUGUAGAUUCUGAGAUUGAUUGUCUUGUGUGCUUGUUUUUAUUUUAUACAAUUGAUGUAACAAAGGAUCCAGCAGGAGCCACGUUAUAGUGUAUAUAUUUUUUUAUUUUUUUUAAACGAUAAAAAUAUUUUAUAAAAAUAUUUUUGGAAUAAUUGAUCAGCUACGACAAAAUUACCUACGUAUUUACAAUGAGUUAGCCACUAUUAAGAAUUGAAUACAUCACAAAAAUAUAUCGUCCUCGUAUUUAUAUGAGUUAAACUUGAAUCAUGUUUCAAAUAUACCGUGGUCGUAUUUACGUGAGUUGAACUUGAAUCAUGUUCCAACUAAAUCGAGAUGAAAUAGACCGAAGACUAGCCAGUUGUAUAUGUGGUGUACUUAUAGUUACCCAAAGAAACCCCGGUAUCUUAUCAUAAACAAAGGGUAAAAACGUCAUUACAGGUAUAUGACCUGCCAGCGAAGACAAGUUGCAGAAUAAGUCUUUCCUUCUUAAGGACUUUUGUGACACAUAAAUUUCAAAGAGGAGCAGAGCUCCAUUAAUUUUUUGUGGUCAGCAACAACAAGACAAGAAGAAAGAAGAGGCAAAGUGAGAGCGAUGGAUCUAGGCAGGCCCAAAAUGGAAGGCUUAAUUCCAUAUCUUUACCACGCCAUCAAGAAGCAAAGACCUCAGCGCAGGCACCGGUCAUCCUUUACUGAGAGCAUCUCCACCCAUGCUAGCUACCAUCGCUUGAUGAGUGGCCAUGAUGUCUUAGAGGCCUCAUCUAUUCGUCGAACACCGCCGGAAGUUAUUCGUUCGCGUAGCUUCGAGGAAGAAGGUGGUGCUUCUGCUGCUCCUCCAGGCCGCAUUGGAUCAUCAAAGUGUUCAAAAGUGGAGCUUCCUUCAUAAUGACGCGGUUCAUUUCUUGUAAGAGUUUUAUGUUCAAUAUCAAUGAUAGUGUAUUUUGAUUCUUAAUGUCGGUGAAAUUGAAACUUUGAGAGAUGAUUAAAGCAGUGAAUUAGAUUUGGGAUGAUUUGAAA